CGAGAACUGCCAUUGCCGGAACUUCAUGCCUAUUCACGAUGACACGCCCUGCACCAUCCCAUGUUGCCACUGGAGAUCUUUUUAGGCUCGAAGAGCGGACAGUCUUGAUAUCUGGAGGCGCAGGAGCCGUUGGGACGACGGUUGGCAAGGCCAUUUUAGAGAGUGGUGGAGAUGUCGUCUUCGUUGAUAUCGUAGCCCAGCCAAAUACUGAUACAUGGAAAGCUAUUGAAGAAGCUGCCAGACUGAAUAACACAAAGGCUAUAUACCAACAGCUUGACGUCCAAGAUGAAGACAGUAUCACAUCCGCCUUCUUAGCCAUUAACCCUCAACUCCGCCACUCCAUCCGCGGCCUCGUAUCCUGCGCCGCCAUCUCAGGCGAAAGCGAUGCAUGCGACUACCCCAUCGCGACCUUCCGCAAGAUCCUCGACGUAAACAUCACGGGAACAUUCCUAAUCGCCCGCGCCGUCGCAAAAGAAAUGCACCGCGCCAACGUCCCAGGCAGCAUCGUACUAAUCGCCAGCAUAAGCGGGCACAUUAGCAACCACGGCAUCAACACGUCAGCAUACAACGCGUCCAAGGCCGCCGUGCACCAACUCGCCCGCUCCCUCGCCGCCGAAUGGGGACACCCGCAGAACACGUUUCCAGGCAGCACGCAGAGCGCUACGAAUUCCAAUCCGUCCACGGAGUCGAGGGGCGUGUAUCCGCCUAUUCGCGUUAAUGCGAUUAGCCCGGGGCAUAUUGAUACGCCGCUUAGUGAGGAGGCGAGAAAGAGAGGGUUGACGGUUGAGUGGGCGAGGCAGAAUAUGCUGGGCCGGAUUAGUGUUGCGGAGGAGUAUAGGGCCCCGGUGCUGUUCUUGCUGGGGGAGGGGAGCAGUUAUAUGACUGGUGCGGACCUUCGAGUAGAUGGUGGUCACUGUGCGUGGUAGAGAGAUUCGCUUUGGUUUACCGAGAAUAGAGUUAACAGAUUGGAUGGCUCGUCGUCAGAAGGACGGUCAUUCAAAAGUGUUCUUCGUGGUUGGUUUCUAUACUAUGCUGUAUAGGCAAAAUGGAUGAGUCCAUUGAAAGUAACCCCAUGACACGAUUUCGCCGUAAUUUUAUCCAUCUACCUGUUCAGCCUUUCAGCAAUGUUUCUGUUAUCUAAUAGUUGCGUAUGGGAUGCUGGAGCUACUAUGUCACAACAUUUCAAACCCUGACGAGACUAUUUUCUACUAAUUUAAUACCAUUCAAGGUAGUGUUGUGCUCGAAGUCGCA